UAGCUGUAUUCCUGUGUAAAGUAGACCCAGGGAACCUAUUGAUUGGCAGAGUGGCAGGGAAGUUGUCGUUCAGUGGUUAUGACGCUGGACUUUGGAUUUGAAGGUCAUGAGUUUAAAAAUUCCAGCACUGUUAAGCUGCCACUGCUGGGCCCUUGAGCAAGGCCCUUAACUGUAAACUGCUUAGAGGUUUAAAGGAGGUAAUUGAAAGUUGCUCUGGAUGAGGGCGUCUACCAAACCCCUUAAAUAUAAUCUAAAGUAAUCUAUUUGGUCAUGAAUGAGUUGACCAUUCUAACUGCAUGCCUUCGUGAAAUGGUGUGUGUGUGGAGGAAAGGGAGGGCUGCUGCCCAUUGAACCCCAUUGUUCCCUCUAAAGAUCUCUUGAUUUGAGCUGCACCCUGAGGCUGAACGCAGUACAGCGCGCGCGGGGGGACCGUCACGUACUUCACGCAGCCCAACCCCCUGUUUGUGGAAAGCCAAAACAACUCUUUUUAAUAGUUUUUUCGACCCUUCUUUGACGAAGAAAAUCAUUAACGCUUUUCUGAAACACACCAAAAAGACCGCCUUAAUGAUCGCAAUCGGCGUUUUGACACAUUUCUAUUAACGUUCUUGUAUUUAUUUUUAAUAGACGGGCGUCUCUUUUGGCUAUCCACAAGCAGUUUAAUCGCGCACGUGCUACGCCGAGUACACAUUCACACAUACCUACACGCAGACGAGGGCGCGCGCUGAGUGGAAGCGCGAGGAAUUAACUUUUUUUUUUUUUGGUCGAUGUUUCCGGAAGCAGGAGCAGACGUAGAACCACAGGAGGAGCAGGCAGGAGCACUGGAGGAGUCAAAACCCGCUUAACACCUCUGUCGAAAACAUGACUGAAUUUUGUGGGAAGAAAAAGGAAAGGAGACAAAGUUCGGCACAUCAGCAGCAAUGCAUUCAAGGUUUCUUAAAGAAGAAACCAUGUCAGACACAGGGUGAGGAGGGGCCUCCCAGUCUGGAGUACAUCCAGGCCAAGGACCUGUUUCCCCAGAAAGAGCUGGUCAAAGAGGACGAAAGUCUGCAGGUGCCUUUCCCAGCUCUUCAAGGUGAAGGGGUGGAGUUUCUCGGUCAUGCUGAUGAUGCCAUCAUUGCCAUUUCUAACUACAGACUGCACAUUAAGUUCAAAGACUCCAUUAUCAGUAUCUACCCAGGCGUGGACACUGAGAUCUCUGUGCCUCUCAGGCUGAUUGAAGGUGUGGAAAGCAGAGAUAUGUUCCAGCUGCACAUCAUCUGUAAGGACUCCAAAGUAGUGAGGUGUCACUUCUCCACGUUUAAACAGUGUCAAGAGUGGCUGAAGAGGCUAAAUCGAGCUAUAGCUCACCCAUCUCGCCUGGAAGAUCUGUUUGCUCUGGCCUACCACGCAUGGAGCCUUGGGGGUUGUGCCAAUGAUGAAGACCAGCACUUAAGUCUCUGCAGACCAGGUGAUCAUGUCCGUCACAGGAUGGAGAUGGAGGUGAGGAGAAUGGACUUUGACACGCAGAACGCCUGGAGAAUUUCCGAAAUCAACAGCAACUACAAACUGUGCUCCAGUUAUCCUCAGAAGCUACUCGUGCCAGUGUGGAUCACAGAUAAAGAACUGGAAAGUGUGGCCUCUUUCAGGUCCUGGAAGAGAAUUCCUGUAGUGGUGUACAGGCACCAGAAGAAUGGUGCAGUUAUAGCACGCUGCAGUCAGCCUGAGAUCAGCUGGUGGGGCUGGAGGAACACGGAGGACGAAUACCUGGUCACAUCCAUCGCCAAAGCAUGCGGGUUGGAUUCAGGACCCAGAGCAUCCUGCAGGACACGGGUGGACGGGGCGGACUCUUCUGACUGUGACUUCGACUCCUCCCUGGCGGUGGGUUCAGGUCCUGAUUCUAGCACUGCACCACAGAAGCUGCUGAUCCUGGAUGCGCGAUCUUACACUGCCGCAGUGGCCAAUCGUGCCAAGGGGGGUGGCUGUGAGUGUGAAGAGUACUACCCAAACUGUGAGGUGAUGUUUAUGGGCAUGGCUAAUAUCCACUCCAUCAGGAACAGUUUCCAGUCUCUGAGAGCUGUGUGCAGUCAAAUCCCUGAUCCUGGCAAUUGGCUCUCUGCCCUAGAGAGCACACGCUGGUUGCAGCACCUGUCCGUCAUGCUGAAGGCAGCUACUCUGGUGAGUUCUGCCGUGGAAAGGGAUGGACGUCCAGUGCUGGUACACUGCUCUGACGGCUGGGACCGCACACCUCAAAUUGUGGCUCUUGCCAAGGUCCUGCUUGACCCCUACUACAGAACCAUUGAGGGUUUCCAGGUGCUGGUGGAAACCGAGUGGCUAGAUUUCGGCCAUAAGUUUGCAGACCGCUGCGGUCAUGGCGAGAACGCCGAGGAUGUGAACGAGCAGUGCCCGGUCUUCCUGCAGUGGCUUGACUGUGUCCAUCAGCUCUUAAAACAGUUUCCCUGCCUGUUUGAGUUCACAGAGGCCUUUCUGGUCAAGCUGGUGCAGCACACAUACUCGUGUCUAUAUGGAACAUUCCUGUGCAAUAAUGCCCGAGAACGAGAAUCGCGAAACGUCUACAAACGGACGUGCUCUGUCUGGUCGCUGCUCCGUGCCGGCAACAAGAACUUUCAAAACUUCCUCUACAUCCCCUGCCAUGAUAUGGUCUUGCAGCCAGUGUGCCACACGCGGGCAUUGCAGUUAUGGACUGCUGUGUACCUGCCCACAUCGUCCCCAUGCACGGCAGCAGAGGACACUAUGGAAAUCUUCCUGAGCCCCUCGUCCCAGGGAGAGGAGCUCACCUCGCGCUCACUCGACAGGCUUCCUAAGACACGUUCCAUGGACAACCUGAUGUGCCCUUUCGAAAACGGCGUCGCUCUCACACGCACCUCCAGCGAUCCCAACCUCAACAAGCACUGCCAAGAGGGACGGCCUCCUCUGGAGCCAAUGAUUGGCCAAGGUGGCAGUUUCACCGAAAACCUAGAGUUUGCCUCUGAAACCAAAUUGUGUAGUGCGGAUGAGGAAGUAGGUACAUGUGAAGAGACACCUCCCUCACCCUCUCCAAAGUCUGAUCAGGACAGCUGUGUGAAUAUCAUGCCAGAACCCUGUCUCACUACACAGCCUUUGCCAUCCUUGAACCAUCCCUUAACCUUGGAUUCGGUUUCACCCCUGUCACAAGGCACACCCAUUUUGCACCAAACUUUGCAUCAAAUCGCCAGCCCUACCCUCCCACCAUUACCACAGGAAGUGCACGCUAGGACUGUUAAUGCUACCUGCACAUUCACUACUACUGAAGAUCCUCCUAAUGUUCCGCUCUCAAAUGGCACAGAGAAGGAAGAGAGCACCACUGAGACACUUGGCUUUCCUUCACCUUCUGCUGCAGAGCUUUUAGAGAUCAAAAAACUCACUACUCUUGUCCAGUUAGAGGAGUCUACAGAAACCAUAAAGGAUGAGUAUGGCACCACGGCCGAGUUGCAUUCUGUUCAGAAGGUCAACAAUGGAAAAGUCUCAGUCCUGGCCACAAGUGAUGAAAAGUGGGCUCAGAGUGUUAAGAAACUUCUUCGUGUCGGGUCUGGUUGCACCGGCGGAGGGUACAGAGAGACUCCGCGAAAUCUGAGUAGUCCAGUCCAACCCGGCUGGAUGUCAGCAGUGAAAAACACCACACUCUGCACUUCUUCGGCCUUUUCCUCAGCUCUGGGGCCAUCGUUACGGCAGAUUCCGUCAGCGGCACACUGCGUUGACGACGACGGCCUGCCGGUGCCGCUGGAUGCCGUGCAACAACGUCUGCGCCAGAUCGAGGCAAGCUACAAGCAGGAGGUGGAGGUGCUGCGGCGGCAGGUUAAGCAGCUGCAGAUGAAACUGGAGAGCAGACCACACAGCUCGCCACCAUCCGAGCCAGACAUCUACUAUGAGGAUGAUAUUACAUGUCUCCGAGAGUCAGAUGAUGGCGAUGAAGAGGACUCUCUAUCGGCCCACAGCGAGGACCGCCUCAGUGAAGGCAGCUGGGAUCGUGUAGAGAGAAAAGAUACAGAGGUUACUAGAUGGGUUCCUGACCAUAUGGCCUCACAUUGCUUCAACUGUGAUAGCGAGUUCUGGAUAGCUAAGAGACGCCAUCACUGCAGAAACUGUGGAAACGUGUUCUGUAAAGACUGCUGCCACCUGAAGCUGCCCAUCCCCGAUCAGCAGCUUUACGAUCCAGAGCUGGUGUGUAACUCGUGCUACGACCUGCUGCUGGAGAGCCGAACGCGGGAAUUGCGCUCACAGCAGCUGAAAAAGCCCAUCGCCACAGCCUCGAGCUGAGCGUGCUAAUCAGUUUCCCACCCCGUGGGCUUCCCAGGCCCCCUUACGUAGGUGCCAUGAGAGUCGCCUGCUGUUUUUGGCAGAGAUGCAACACCCACGCUGGUUAGUGAGGAUUCAAGGGUUGGUGUGAGCUGAAUCGCUUCGUUCGCAAGCAAAAACUGGACUGGAGUCAGGGAACGAAUUGAUGACUGAAUAAAGCUUGAAUGAGAUUAAAAGGUGGAAGUUUUUCUUCUUACAACACCGAGGAGUCGGAACUAAUUUAUCUCCUUUCUAGUCAAGGGAGAAAAGCUGAUGGCUACCACCAGGGGACACUGUGGCUAAAGUGACCCUGAUGUGAAAAGCCGUUUUUUUUUUUUUUUUUUUUUUUUUUUUUUCAUCUCAAAAAGAAUUCACAUUAUAUCCAUAACUGUAGAAAUGUGUGACAUGGUAUGGACGCACAGAUUUAACCCUCUUGAACUCCAUAACAAAUACAUCCACAAAUAUAAACGUACAUUAGAGGACAAUCUCCCGUCUGCCCUUGAAGCCAGUUACUCCAAAGUUUUUGUGCUAAACACAGAGGCUCGCCGUUUAAAUGAUGAUGCUGCUGCUACAGUAUUUAAAAGAAAAUCUUAUUUUGGAUCAUUAUUUUGUGCACUCUAAGCUGUUGUAAAUCUGAGGGAAAUCCAAGACCAAACCGAGGGUGAAAGGGAGAAAAGAUGCGGUUUGUUUACUCUGUGGUCUGAACUUGAAUGUAGUGUUUGUCUUUUUUUUUUUCUUUAUCUUUUUUAUUUUGUGUGUGUAUUUCUGAGGGAAGUUACUGAAGAGAUGUUGCUGGAUGUUGCCAUUUGAAUAUGAUACGAGGCCAGUUAUAAAUGCGUGAAUGAGCUUCUCUACUGAAGAGGGAGACAAAUGAACACGAUCCACGCGACGGGUCAUGUGCUCGCUUGUUUCUGCUUUUUAAUGGAGGAACAGUCUGGAUGCUAAAGGAUGCUGUAGCAAUGUUGUACUUUUUCUCUCGUUGCAAUACUGUUCUCAACAUGCUCUUGGCCAUGUGAGGGGAAUCCAGAUUUCGAUCACAAUUUGAUAUAACAACAAUUUAAUGUAAUAAAUUAAUUUGAGUUUGCAGUCUGUAAGCCCUCUGCAUUGUUGCCUGUGGCGUGAAUUACAAUUCUGUUGAAACUACCUAUAACCUUACACCUUAAAAACAGUGUUGAACGCAGGGAGAGAAUGAUUUUGGGGUGUUACGAAGGAUUCGAGCGAAUAUCCAAACCUGUGAAUUGUUCAGACCCGAGUACAAUUUCAUUUUAUGUAUAAAUUGGAACGUGCAGAUUAACAUUACAUAAACCCUCAAAUGAAAAAAAAGCUAACCUUUUUUUUUUCUUUUUCAUUUUUCUAUCAGAAAUGGUUCCUAGCUGUACAUAUUGUUUUAUUGUGUUCCUUAAAAUACUAGUGCCAUUUAUUUUCAUUUGGGUUUUGUUUUUUUUGUUUUGUUAUUUUUUCUGUUCCUUCUCUCUUGGAAUGCACCAUGUCACUUAUCAGUAACGACUAAACACGUGUAAUGGUACGAACACUUAGCAAGUGAGUAUUUUCCGAGGUUCUGCUAAGCCUAACGAUUUAGGUCUUUUGAUGAUGAAGGAACACUGAUGAUUUAGAAAAAAAAGAAAAAACCAAACCCACUGUAAUAUAUAUAGUUAUCCGUACUAGUGGCUGGAAAUCGUCACUUAGUAAAUGUUGUAAAGAAUUGCACUGUACAAGUCAAAUCCCAUUGGACAAAUAAAAAGAAUGUCUUUGGGA